AUGAUAAAGCUCCGUCUAGCUUUUUUAAUAAUUACCAGCUGUACAGUAUUGUACCGCGUCACGUGUCACGAGGGUGUGAUUAGAAUUUCCGAGAAGAGUUCAAAAGUGGAAGUCAAGUCGAUCGUGCCUAAAUGUUUCAUGGGCAGUGUAGAUGAUUUGUUCAAAACGAGAGGGCCGUACACUCUCAAAGCAGAAAACGCCUCUAUAGACCUGAAGACAAACCGGAAAAUCUUCCAGUUGAUCGUCUCCAAAAUACUGGAUGAAACGCUGGGACUACUCGACAAGUUCACCGUCUUAGUAGUGGCGAUGGUCGAAAGAAACAAGGAAUCGGUGUCACUAGAGUGGGUUUUAGAUUAUACUGAACUUCACAUUUCCAAGCUAAGCAGUUGUUUGGAAUUUCUUUUUGACAACGAAGCCGACGUGACCGAUGCGUUGACCGGGUAUAUUUUCUUCAAAGACAUGAAAUAUAUAUUCAAAAACAUCUACGGGGAGAACUACAGUUACAACAACGUCGUUGAUAUGUUUUUUCGAAUCAAGAAGCAGCAAUGGCUGGAGUGCGUGCGACAAGUACCGACCGAGGAAGCGCACCAGCAAUUAUACACCUAUGUGGAACAGUCUUUAGAAGACAUUUCCAAAGUCUAUCGACACAUGGCCGUAAAAUCCACCGAUUGGUUGUUGCCCGAGUGUUUGAAAUGGAGAAAUUUCAUAGAAUCCACCUCGACGACUGCGAACGUCUUAAAACAAUUUAUAGACGCAGACAAACAGAAUUUAUACGAUCAGUAUUUGCAAAUCGCGUCUGAAUUCGAUUCGGUUAAAGUGAUGGAUUUUUAUGUUAAAUUUGGAAAAACGCUGGACGGUAUCAUCAGUCAGAUGGCAAUCGACAUGAUGACUUCGUUUAUGAAUCUAAUAUUGCGACUCAUCAUAGACCAGUCAAACAAAGCCAACAACUUUACACAGAUCAGCGUCGCGCAGCAAAUCGUAGAACAUUUUUUACUGUCUGCGCACUAUUUUGAAAACUGGAUGUCUUACAGUAAACGACUUAAGAAUUCUAAAUUAUUACACGAUAGCCCGGCCAUUGUAAUGCUACAAAAAAGCGUUGUCUAUUGUCAGAAAUAUAAUUCGGACGAUUUCCCGACCGUAUUGGUGCCAUUCUUGUUUAAAUUCAAGAAAAUCAUCGAGAAGUAUACGCCGGGUGUCGAAAUCGACUUUACAAAAAUCGCCAGUGAUCUAAAACAAGACUUCUUCACACAAAACAACAUCUUAGAUAAAAUGGAGAAUAGCUCUAAGCUAAUCAAAACGCUGCUCCUCGAUAUCAUGGCAUCAUCGACCUAAAAAUAAGCCUUAAAAAACGUUUUUUAUAUUAACCAGUAUUUUUUAGAUAUUAAUAUAAUCUAUGUGUACGGUAUUUUAUAAUAAAAAAAUCAAUAACAUGUGCUAUUA